AUGGCUGCCGCCGCCGCCGCCCGUGACGACGGCGACGCGAUAGAGCUGUCGCACGUCGCCGACGGCCUGACGGACGCGGGACUGUUUGCGUACGGCGCCCUCUGUGCGAUGACGCUGCACGAACUCUUCCCCGAGCGCUGGUUCGACGACUUCCGCGCCGACUGCCUCGCGAAGGUCGUCCGCCACCUGCAGCUUCCCGCGCAGAUCCACAACGCGAUGCGACACAUCGCCGACGGCGACGGCGGCGAGACGAGCGACGCGUUCGUCGCCGCGGUGCUCGCCGAGCCGUCGGUGCGUCACCUCGGCGACGGCCGCGUCGUCGUCGACGACCUCGUGCGACUCGCGGUGCGCGACGGCGCGUACGACGCCCGCUUCCGCGCGCUCGUCCGCCACAUCGCCAUGCUACUGCGCGUCGCCGCGGCAACGCUCGACGCCGUCGAAAGCGCGGUCGUCGAGCGACUCCGCGAGUUCUCGUCGGCGGCGGCGACGGACGAGGAGCGGCGGGAGCGGCGGCGGCGGGAGCGCGGGCGCACCGCGCGGCGCUACCUGGCGAUCGGACUCGGCGGCCUCGCCGGUGGCGCCCUCCUGGGACUGACGGGCGGUCUCGCGGCGCCGCUACUCGCAGCGGGGGCCGGGGCGAUCGUCGGCACCGCCGGCGCCACCGCACUCGCGUCGACUGCCGGUGUGGCCGUCAUCGGGUCGUUGUUCGGCGUCGCCGGCGCCGGGCUGACCGGGUACAAGAUGCGGCGACGCGUCGGCGCCGUCGAGGAGUUCCGCUUCCAGGUGCUCACAGAGGGCGCCGCUCUGCACGUCGCCGUCGCCGUCUCCGGCUGGCUCGCCGACGACGCCACCGCCACCGGCGCCACGCCCGAUGCCGCGGCGGCGGACGAUGGGAUGGGGAACGCGUUUCGCGCGCCGUGGUCGUCGCUGCUCGACUCGACGGAGCAGUACUGCCUCUGCUGGGAGUCGCAGCAUCUCGCGCGACUCGGCUCCGCGAUCGACUACCUCGUCCGCUUCGGCGUCGGCGUCGCCGUGCAGGAGUCGCUGCGCUACACGAUCCUGUCGUCGGUGCUCGCCGCGGUCGCGUGGCCCACCUCCCUCAUCUCCCUCUCCUCCCUCAUCGACAACCCGUGGAGCGUGUGCCUGCAGCGCAGCGCCGCGGUCGGACGCCAACUCGCGGACGUGCUGGCGGAGCGGGAGCACGGGAGCCGUCCCGUGACCCUCGUCGGGUUUUCGCUCGGAGCGAGCGUCAUCUUCGCGUGCCUGCAGGAGCUGGAGCGCCGCCGCGGCACCGAGGGGAUCGUCGACGAGGUGGUGCUGCUCGGCGCGCCCGCGCCAGGCGACGUCGAGCGCUGGCGCCCCCUGGCGAGGGUCGUGAGCGGGCGCAUCGUCAACGGGUACUGCAGCGGCGACUGGCUGCUCAAGUUUCUCUACAGGACGACGACGACGUCGAUGAAGGUGGCAGGCCUGGGUCCGAUCGACUGGGAGGAUCGCCGCAUGCACAACGUCAACCUGAGCGACGUCGUCAACGGUCACCGCGACUACAUCAAAAAGCUGCACGUCGUGCUGAAGGCGGUCGGCGUGCGGACGGCCGACGAGGUUGACCCCGCGACCCCUGCACGGUCGCGCCCCCGCCGCGCCAUCGGACGCCUCGCCGCAUCCUCCACGACGAACGACGUCCGCGGACUCGCGCCGCCGCCGGUAGGGGGCGCCGCGGAGAAGCCGUCGCGCAGCGUGGAGGCGCUGGCGUUGGAGUUGCGGCCGAGGGUCGCGGCGGGGGCGGGGGCACCAGCGUGCGCGGCGGCGUCGCCACAGUCCUGUGACUCGGCGACGGAGUCGUGUCUCGAGGCGGAGGAGGCAGCGUCGCUGACGGAGUCGUGUCUCGAGGCGGAGGAGGCAGCGUCGCUGACGGAGUCGUGCGAGCGACUCGUUACGACGAUGAACGGCGACUGGUUCUGCGCGGCGGAGACGGACGGUGGCGCCAUCGAGGGAGAAUCCCGGGAAGCUGCGUCGGAGGGAGAGGGAGCGGGCGGGCAGGAGAGGAGAGCCAGAGAGGGCGGCGAUGCGACGGACGGCUGA